AUGGCAAGAAAACUCAAAGUCGCAGCUGCCCAAGUGGGCGCAAUUCAUCGUAAUACACCUCGAACAGAAGUCUUGACGCGACUGAUUCAAUUGCUGGAAGAUGCAGCUAAGCAAAAUGUGAAUCUUGCGGUAUUUCCCGAAACCACAUUCACUACUUUUUUCCCUCGUUAUUACAUAACUGAUGAAGAUGAUUUAUCGAGUUACUUCGAGAAAGAAGAUGAAUCAAUUGGUGGAGAUAUAACGAAUAGUCCAAACGUUAAAAUAUUCUUUGAUCGUUCAAAACAACUUGGAAUUGAUGUGCAGAUUGGUUAUGGAGAAGAUACAGGGAAAGAACGAUAUAAUACAGCUGUUUACGUUUCUGGUAAGACAGGAGAUGUUUUGAACAAAUAUAGAAAAGUCCAUCUACCAGGUACAAUAGAACCAUUUGAUCUUGAUCCAGAUACUACCAAUCAAUUGGAAAAACGUUAUUUCCUUCCUGGUAAUUUAGGGUUCAACGCCUUCAGGGCGACUUCCUUGAAAGAUAUAUGUGGUGGUCAAUCACCCAUCAUUGGUCAACUAAUAUGUAAUGAUAGACGUUGGGCCGAAGGUUGGAGAUGUUAUGGUCUCCAAGGAACCGAAAUCAUUUGUUGUGGAUAUAACACAACAGCGUAUGCACCUAAGUUAUGGGGUGGAGAUCAAAGUAUAACAAGAGAAAAAGCAUAUGAAGAAGCAAUGUUUCAUCAUAAACUGGUUGUCCAAGCUCAUGCAUACACCAAUUCCUUGUUCUGCAUCACCUCUGGUCGAUCAGGUUUGGAUGAUGGAUUACACCCUUUGAUUCCAGGUUCGAUGAUUGUCAAUCCUGAAGGACAUAUAAUAGCAGAAUCAAAAACGGAAGAUGAUGAACUGGUCAUCGCUGAAAUAGAUUUAGAUGAUUGUAAUCAAGGUAAAGAAAGAACAUUCAAUUUAGGGAAACAUAGAAGACCUGAGAUGUAUGGUAGGUUGGUUGAGGACGGUGGAGUCAAAAUACCUCCUGAACCAUAG